UCUCUUCAACAGACAGUCAAACAGACAGCAUUGACUCACUGCUGCAGGACUCACUGCUGCAGGACUCACUGUUGCAGGACUUACUGCUGCAGGACUCACUGCUGCAGGACUCACUGUUGCAGGACACACUGUUGCAGGACUCACUGUUGCUGCAGGACUCACUGCUGCAGGACUCACUGUUGCAGGACUUACUGCUGCAGGACUCACUGCUGCAGGACUCACUGUUGCAGGACUCACUGUUGCUGCAGGACUCACUGCUGCAGGACUCACUGCUGCAGGACUCACUGUUGCAGGUCUCAUUGUUGCAGGACUCACUGUUGCAGGACUCACUGCUGCAGGUCUCACUGUUGCAGGACUCACUGCUGCAGGACCCACUGUUGCAGGUCUCACUGCUGCUGCAGGACUCACUACUGCAGGACUCACAGUUGCAGGACUCACUACUGCAGGACUCACUGUUGCAGGACCCACUGCUGCAGGUCUCACUGUUGCAGGACUCACUGCUGCAGGACUCACUGUUGCAGGACUCACUGUUGCAGGACUCACUGUUGCAGGACUCACUACUGCAGGACUCACAGUUGCAGGACUCACUGUUGCAGGACUCACUGUUGCAGGACUCACUGUUGCAGGACUCACUGUUGCAGGACUCACUACUGCAGGACUCACAGUUGCAGGACUCACUGUUGCAGGACUCACUGUUGCAGGACUCACUGUUGCAGGACUCACUACUGCAGGACUCACUGUUGCAGGACUCACUGUUGCAGGUCUCACUGCUGCAGGUCUCACUGUUGCAGGACUCACUGUUGCAUGUUCACAAAGCCAAAAAGGAGAAGAAUGAAAACAACUUCCAAAGCUAAAUGUGUAAAAUAAUACCCAGAAACCUCAAGUUGCUAAAUACAGGGUCUUAGCUUUAGCCUCUGGUAUAUGUUGUUGUUGUUGUUGUUGUUGUUAUUAUUGUUGUUGUUGUUGUUGUGUUAAAUUGUGAUGUGUUUUCUGGUACUGGAGACAGUACAGGAAGAAUGAACUGGGCAUUCAAACAACACCAACAAAAAAACAGGCCACAUGACUAACAGAAAAACAGAUGAAAUCAUGAUAGAACAAACAACACCAAUACAUGAAUACAUGUUCAUAGCCUUCAUAGUUCUUUGUAAAGCUUUUGAUGAGAUACCCCCUUGACCUUGCUGUCCAUUCUGGUUGGAUGACGAGAGAGAGAGAGAGAGAGAGAGAGAGAGGAGGGAUGACAGAGGGGGGUGAGAGAG